AUGGGAAAAUCAUUCGCCGUUGUUGCUCUCCUUGUUUCUGCUUUCUGCUUCUCAUCUGUCUUGGCUCGCAAAGCACCUCCCACUGGUGAAGAAUUCUUCGUUGAAGGCAAGAUUUACUGUGAUCCUUGCCGCUUCGAAUUUGAGUCCAGACUUAGCCACCCCUUGUCAGGUGUUAAGGUGACUUUGGAAUGCAAGAAACCAGACAGUGAUAAUGUGACAUAUGUCAAAGAUGUUGUAACUGACACAAAUGGGAUAUACAGUAUUCCCGUGCAUGGUGAUCACGAGGAGGAGAUAUGUGACGUUAAUGCUGGGGAAAGCCCAAAUGGUGAGUGCAAUGAGUCCAUGAAAAACCAGGCUGAUAGAAUUGUGCUGACCAAAAACAUGGGUGUCUCCUCCUUGAAACGCUAUGUGAAUCCCCUUGGGUUCAAGACACAGGCAGUUGAUCCACAAUGUUUCAGUGUCUUCAAGGAGUUGGGUUUGGACAACCUUGAUGACUGA